UCCCUCGAGUCGCAAGCGACGACUCUGAUCGUCGUGGCAUCGGUGAUCGGCCUUGUCUUCGCCGCUGUCCAGUUCAUGCUCAUCGCGAAUGUCAAGCUUCAGUCCGGAGAUGAAGACACCGCCAGCCUCACGACCAGCGUCAGCUCGGAACGCACCAAGCGCCUCAUUGAGAUUUACGAGGCGAUCCGCCACGGCGCCGACGCUUUCCUGUCCGCCGAGUACACCAUCUGCUGCAUCUUCAUCGUGAUCUUCGGAGCCGUGGUGUUCUUCCUCGUCGGCGUGGGCCAGGACUCGUGGGUCGAGGGCGCUUUCACCACCGGCGCCUUCGUGCUCGGAGCCAUCACUUCGAUCCUCGCCGGGUACAUCGGCAUGAAGGUGGCUGUGUACUCGAACGUGCGCACGACGAUCGGGGCGCAGCGCGCGGGCUGGGCGGCGUCGUUCAACGUGGCCUUCCGCGCAGGGUCCGUGAUGGGCUUCGCGCUCACCGGCAUGGCCGUGCUCGUCCUGUACAUCGCGCUGUGGGGGUACCGCCAGUACUUCGGUGACGACGAGUGGAAGGUGAUGAUGAACUGCGUCUCCGGCUACGGGCUGGGCGGGUCCUCGAUCGCCAUGUUCGGCCGCGUCGGCGGCGGCAUCUACACCAAGGCUGCCGACGUCGGGGCUGACCUGGUGGGCAAGGUCGUGCACGGCAUCCCCGAGGACGACCCGCGCAACCCGGCCACCAUCGCCGACAACGUGGGCGACAACGUCGGAGACGUGGCUGGCAUGGGCGCCGACCUCUUCGGCUCCUACGCCGAAGCCACCUGCGCCGCUCUCGUGAUCGCCGCCACCUGCCCGGACCUCGUCGACGCCGGCUGGGCCGCGGUUGUUUUCCCCAUGGAGGUGUCUGCGGGCGGUCUGCUCGUGUGCCUGCUGGCUUCCUUCCUCUCGACCGACCUCUUCCCCGUGAAGGAGGAGAAGGACAUCGAAUGGUCGUUGAAGAUGCAGCUGAUCGUCACGACCGCGCUCAUGGUGCCCGUGACCUACGUGCUGUCCAUUUCCUUCCUUCCUAGCUACUUUGAGAUCGAUGCUAUGGACGGAAGCACCAUCGAGGCCGGGUCGAUGGAUGCCUUCGUCUGUGUCAUUAGCGGUGCCAUCGGCGGUCUCAUCAUCGGCCUCGUCACGGAGUACUACACGUCCCACUCGUACGCCCCGGUCCGCGAGGUGGCCAUGUCGUGCAAGACUGGGUCCGCGACCAACAUCAUCUACGGCCUCGCCCUCGGGUACAAGUCGACGAUCGUGCCCGUUUUCGUGCUCGCCGCCAUCAUCUUCACGUCGUUCCAGCUCUGCGGCACCUAUGGCGUGGCUCUCGCCGCGAUCGGCAUGCUCUCCACCCUUGCCACCGGCCUGACGAUCGACGCUUACGGCCCCGUGUGCGACAACGCUGGAGGUAUCGCCGAGAUGGCUGAGCUUCCCCCAGAGGUUCGCGAGAAGACUGACGCCCUGGACGCUGCGGGCAACACGACGGCCGCCGUCGGCAAGGGCUUCGCCAUCGGCAGCGCCGCGCUGGUAUCUCUGGCCCUCUACGGCGCCUUCGUGACCCGUCUUUCCGACGAGGGUGCCAGCAACAUGGACGGCGGCGUCAACAUCCUGCAGCCCCUGACCUUCAGCUUCCUCGUCAUCGGCGCCAUGCUCCCCUACUGGUUCUCGGCCAUGACGAUGAAGGCCGUGGGUACCGCCGCUAUGGAGAUGGUGCAGGAGGUGGAGAUCCAGUUCGACGAGAACCCGCGCCUCCUGGACGAGGGCACCUCGGAGCGCCCCGACUACCAGCGGUGCAUCGCCAUCUCCACCCGCGCCGCCCUCAAGUACAUGGUGCCGCCCGGGGCUCUGGUGAUGCUGGCUCCUCUCGUGGCGGGAACGUUCUUCGGCGUCAUGGCCGUGUGUGGGUUGCUCACCGGCGGCAUGGCUUCCGGCGUGCAGGUGGCCAUCUCCAUGUCCAACACCGGCGGGGCCUGGGACAACGCGAAGAAGUACAUCGAGCGGGCCACCCCCGACUCGGACCUCCAGGGCAAGGGCUCCGACAUCCACAAGGCUGCCGUCGUCGGUGACACCGUGGGUGACCCGCUCAAGGACACCUCCGGCCCUUCCCUCAACAUCCUCAUGAAGCUCAUGGCCAUCAUCUCUCUGGUGUUCGCCGAGUACUUCCAGGCCAUCAACAACGGCCAGGGAGCGUUCAACAUCGAGAGCUAAAUGUGUUGGUUCGGCGGCAUGAUGGCCGAAUGUUGUUGGUUGGGGGUGGAGGAGGAGGGUAUAUACGUACCCGCCCGUCCGAUCCGGCCUCUCUUUUCUCGUGAGAUUCCGGGGGAGGGGGGGCUCGGGGCGAUAGAUGAGAUGCACGCCAAAACGUGUUGCGAAGCUGUAGCUGAUGGCGUUAGGGGGGGGGGACUAGCGAGGGAACAUGAUGACCACAGGUACACUUCCCGCCGGUUGGUCUUUGCGUUUUAGAAGAAUGGAGCAGGGUGUUUACGUUUUACUUCCUUUUCGGUAGGGAUCGCCGGGGGGAGAGGGACGGCGAGGAGAUAGGUGGCGUUGAUUCGAUUUGAUGGAAUAGAUUGUGGACCCCGUGUUUUGGUCUGUUGGCGUGGUUGGUUCCGUGUCCAUCUCGAAGAGGCGUUCCUGGGUCAAGGUUGGGGGCAGAGGGCGAGCGCUGAUCGUGUGGUGGAUUUUUUUCGGACGACACAGCAUGAGUACUAGUAGUUGUAGUAGUUCGUUGGUGGCUGGGAAAAUAGUCGACCUGUUGCGAGAAGUUGGAUGCGUCGUGCGUUUGGUUGGCCCUUGGGCUAGAUAAAACUGGGACUUGGCCUACCUGGUCGUUGUGAGGGUGAGAAGAGGUGUUUUGGGUCCCCUCGAGCCGCUUGCUUGUCUCCAUCAUCAUUGUUGCUUGUACGAGUCCCGUCUCUUUACGAUUGGUGCCACUGCUGCUGCUGCUGCUGCUGCUUUUGUUGGGUUGC